AUGGCUUUCCUGAAAGCUGGCUCAAGUUCCACGGUGAACUUGGCCUUACUUUUGUGGUGCUCCAGCAUCUUGUCCACUGUACUUGGCUACGAUGCUUCUGUUAUGUCCGGUUUGAACAUCCUGCCGUCGUACACUGACUAUUUUCACUUGAAUACUGCGACUUUUGCUCUUCAAUCCUCCAUUGGAUGGGCCGGUACAGCAGCUGCCGGAAUCUUCUACGGUCAAAUCACGGACUGGCUGGGACGAAAGAAGGCUAUGUGGAUGAGUGCCGUCAUCACACUCGUCGGCGUCAUCUUGCAAGCAGCAGCACAAAAUGUCGGCAUGUUCAUGACGGCUCGUUUCAUUGUUGGCCUGGGGAAUGGUGCAGUUUACCUCUGUGGACCGGUCUACCUUGCCGAGACUUUGACACUGGAAUGGCGAGGAGUUGGUCUAGGAAUCUUCAUGGCAUUCUUUUAUGUCGGUGGUUUGCUCGCAGCGGGUAUCACAUACGGCACCGCAAGUAUGUCAUCUACAUGGGCAUGGCGGCUGCCUUCGGCUCUGCAGGGUGUCUUGACAAUCAUCUCUGUGGUGGUGUUGCCGUUACUCCCUGAGAGUCCUCGAUGGCUCAUAUAUCGUGGUCGCCAUGAAGAAGCUCUUUCCAUCAUCGCAGCGACCUAUGCUAACGGCAACCGAGAAAAUCCUGUUGUCCUUACUACGUACAAGGAGAUUUGCGACACACUUGAGCAUGAAGUGGAUGACGGUCAACACCUGAGUCCAUUUGAACUUCUGAAGGGCAAACAAAAUUUGAGAAGAUUGAUGCUGUGUGUCUCCGUCGCUGUUAUCACUAUGGUCUCAGGAAACAACAUCAUCAGUUUCUACCUGGGAAUCAUGCUGGACAACGCCGGGAUCACGAACACAACAACUCAACUGCAGAUCAACAUCAUUUUGAAUGCGUGGUGUCUCUUAUGUGCGCUCGCGGGCACUUUUUCUCUCGAUAAAGCGGGACGAAAGCCUCUGGCCAUUGCAUCGUGUGUGGCCAUGACAAUUUUCAUCUUCCUCGUGGGAGCUUUGACAAAAGUCUAUGGAUCGAGUAGUAAUCAAUCCGGGAUAUACGGUACUGUUGCCCUCAUCUUCCUGUUCCAAGGUGCAUACAGUGUGGCCUGGACUCCCUUGGCCAUGCUUUAUCCUCCAGAGGUGCUCAACUACUCGGUCCGCUCGAGCGGUAUGGGUGUAUAUACAUUCUUGACGAAUGGAUUUGGGUUGAUGGUGACCAUGUCCUUCCCGUAUGCUCUUGAUGCCAUUGGCUGGAAGACCUACAUGAUCAAUGGAGCAUGGGACGUUCUCCAGAUCGUGUUCGUUGCCGUUUUCUGGGUCGAAACUAAAGGCAGGACCUUGGAAGAGAUUGAUGCAAUCUUUGGAGCCUCGCACAUUAUGGGCGUACCACAGCUUCGAGAAGUGAUGGAAGGCGUUGAACCUGGUCUCACUCUUCGCGACGGGAAGGAGGUUGUGGCUGCCGAGACCUCACUCACAGCAAGUCCAAGCAAAGUGUGAAACAACAAGUGCGAUUAACCAGAUUAUGUCGAGCCUGGUGGGAAUUACUAGCAUUUCGUGGAGUUCAGAC